AUGAACCUUCUUGAGCUCACUGAUGUUGCACAUACGAAGAAAACCUACAGCACGGGCUAUGAGAGCGAGUACGUCUACAAAUUCGACGGACUCAUCCUCUCUGGACUCCCAACUACCUCCUCGGAUGCCUCCCAAACUCGUAUUUCCUGCCGUACUCGUAUUCAAGCCAUCGAUGACCGUGACAUUCAUCUUCAGUUGACUGAUGUCACCUACUCUGCUUUCCACACUCCACAAACCGAGAAAUGGCCAAAAAUGGAGUCUUUGGAGCAACGUGAGCUUUCUGAUGAGCUCAAAGAGCUUCUUGAACUUCCAUUUCGUGUCCAAAUGAGAAAUGGUCAUGUCUCUAAGAUUCAAUUUUCUUCUGAAGAUGCUGAGUGGUCCAAGAACGGAAAGAGAUCCAUUGUCAACCUUCUAUCCCUCCACAGAUCUGCUCCAGUAGAUAAGUUGAACCAAGACGAGAAGGACAUGGAAACCGAGAAGGAUUGCCGUUUCUUCAAUGUUCACGAGAAGACCAUGGAAGGAGACUGUCAAGUCGCUCACACCAUUGUCCAAGAAGGAGAGAAGACCAUCUACACCAAGUCUGUCAACUUCGACAAAUGCAUCACUCGCCCAGAAACAUCUUAUGGCUUCCGUUUUGGAUCUAAGUGCAAAGACUGUGAGAAGGAGGGACAAUUCGUCAGACCACAAACCGUCUACACCUACACCUUCAAGAACGAACAAUUGGAGCAAUCCGAAGUCCAUUCUUUCUAUGCUUUGAACAUUGAAAGCCAACAGCUCAUCAAGUCUGAGACUCGUGCCAAGAUGGUCUUUGUUGAGGAAAAGAAAAUCACUAAGGAAAUUGAGAAGCCGACGGGAACAAAAGAGGAUAUUGUUUACUCCACCGGAAACGAGAUGCUCAUUGAUCAAUUCUGUCAACAAGGAGACCAGGCUGAGGUCAACCCAUUCAAACUUCCAACCGAGCAAAAAAUGGAGCAACUCCAAGAGAUUUUCCGUCAAGUUCAAGAACACGAGCAAAACACUCCAGAAACCGUUCACCUCAUAGACCGUGCUGUAGGUUUUCUUCGUAUGUGCAACAUCAGUGAGCUCAAGAAGGUUCAUACCACUAUUUACACAAACUCAGAGAUUAAGGCUCAAUCAGUUAUGGAGACUUGUUUGGCUGUUGCCGGAACCAAGAACACCGUCCAACAUUUGAUCCACCACAUCCAGAAGAAGACCAUUUCCCCACUGAGAGCUGCUGAACUCCUCAAGUCAAUUCAAGAGACCCUCUUCUCAAGUAAGCACAUCGCCGAUCUUCUCAUCGAACUUGCCCAAUCCCCACUCGCUAAGGGAUACAAGCCACUCCGUCAAUCUGCUUGGCUUGCCGCCGGAUCCGUUGUCCGCGGAUUCGCCUCCAUGACUCAAGAUCUUCCAUUGGCCCGUCCAGCUACCCACCAAUUCAAGGAGAAGUACAUCCGCGUCUUCAUGCAACACUUUCGCAGUGCCGAAUCUACUUACGAGAAGGUUCUUGCGCUCAAGACUCUCGGAAACGCCGGAAUUGACAUGUCCGUUAACGAGCUCGUCCAACUCAUCCAAGACACACGUCAACCAAUUGCUAUCCGCACUGAAGCGGUUGAUGCUCUCCGUCUUCUCAAGGAUGUUAUGCCACGCAAGAUCCAGAAAGUUCUCCUUCCAGUCUACAAGAACCUUCAAAACAAGCCAGAACUCCGUAUGGCUGCCCUCUGGAGAAUGAUGGAAACUCUCCCAGAAGAGCCAGUUCUUGCUCACAUCGUCUCUCAAAUGGAGAAGGAAUCCAAUCAACACGUUGCUGCUUUCACCUACAACGUCAUCCGUCAAUUCGCUAGCUCCACCAACCCAUGCACUCAAUCAUUGACUGUCCGUUGCUCCAACAUUCUUCUUUUCACCCGUUACCAGCCACAAGAACAAAAUCUUUCCACCUACGCUCAACUCCCAAUCUUCCAAUCUGACAUGCUUUCCGGAGCCCUCGAGAGACUUUCCCUUUACGGAAAACAGUCCGAUGAACUCCGUUCCCGUCGUGUUCAAUCCGGAAUUCAGAUGCUCCAAGAGAUCAUAAAAAAGAUGAACAUCCGUCCACAUAUCCAACGUACCGAUGAACAAUCUGCUCACGCUGUUUUCUACCUCCGCUACAAGGAUAUGGACUUUGUUGUACUACCACUCGACAUGCAAACCAUUGACAACCUCCUCGAGAAGUACGUCAGAAAUGGAGAUUUCGAUAUCAAAUCUGUUCUCACUCUUGUGAACAAUGAUUCCACUUUUGAGCUUCACCGUACCCUCUCCAUCUACGAAUCCGAGCGCAUCAUCCCAACCACCAUUGGAGUACCACUUUCCAUUUCAGGAAAAAAACCAACCAUCAUUUCUCUUACCGGAAAGGUUUCGGUUGAAAUGCUAAAUCUUGGAGCUCGUAUUACCCUUGAUGUCGUUCCAUCAAUUGCUUCUACCCACGUUACGGAUGUCCGUUUCUGGAGCCCAAUGUUUGAUCAAGGAGUCAAGUCCCUUCAGUCUACCCGUCUUCACGCUCCAGUGAGAUUCGAGUCGACUGUCGAGUUCAAGAAUAACAACCUUGAGAUUACUCACAAGUUUGUUGUCCCAGAGAAUUCUAAAACCACCGCUUCGUACCACACUCGCCCAGUUGCUUUUAUCCAUGUCCCAAAAGACCAAGAGAUUACAGAAAUUGAAGAAAAGACUAUCUCUCACUCUGAGUAUCAACUGGCUUGCGAAGAAAUUGAUCGCCAUUACGAUGUUCUUGGUCUCAAAAUCAACGCUCAAGGAAACGUUCUCUCAAAGUGGUGUUUUUCGAAGGCUCACAUGACUGAGCAAGAUUUAGAAUACACUCUUGAGAACAAGAAUCGUCCAGCUGAGUUCGUUGCUCGUUUCACCAUCGAAAACUUGGAGAAGACUGAUCUUACUGAAAUAAAGAUUGACAGGAUCUUCGAGAAGGAAUUCGAUAUGGAGAACAAUAAAUCUAAGAACCGCCGUCAAUACUUCAACAAGAUGAUCCGUAAAAUCCAAUCUGAACAAGGAUACAAGAACCUCAUCUCCAUGAAAUUUGAGGCUCCACAAAAAAUGUACUGGAACCAGGAACUCCGCACUGUCUGUGACCAAUACGUUCGUAUGUGCAAGAUUGAGAUGGACUGCCGUCGUUCCCCAGUUGCCGAGGAGACCAAGGAAUGGACUCUUCACACCGAACUUUUUGCCGUCCGCCCAGAAAUGCUAUCUUCCCUCUGCCAACUCCGUGAACAACCAAACCGUGAGGGUCAACUUGCUCUCAACGCCGAGUGGGGAUCAUCCAAGAAGAGCGAGAUCAUUGUCAGAGCUCAACUUGAACAAUCCAAGGAACAUAAGAAAUACGUCCGCAACAUGGAACGCGAGUUCAACGGAAUCCCAGAACACGAACUAUUGAUCAAGGCUGCCCGCCUUAACCAAAUCAAUGUUGUCUCCGAGUACAAGCUGACCGAAGAAGCUGAACACACCUUCUCUCGUCUCUUUGACUUCAUCAAGGCUUACAACUUCUGGAGUGUUUCCGAGAAGCGUGUCGAGAAUGAAGAACGUCGUGCUGUUCUCCAACUCAUCGUUGAGCCACUUUCCCGCCACUACAUCAACAUGACCAUCCAAACUCCACAACAACAAGUCGAACUCAAGAAUGUCCGUAUCCCACGUGUCUUCCUUCCAAAUAUCGCUCGUCGUGCCAUGGACCAACAAGUCUGGGAAAAGACCGGAGCUUCCUGCAAUGUUGAUCAAUCCAAGGUGUCCGCCUUCGACAACAUCACCUACAGUGCCCCACUCACUACCGGUUUUUCUCUUGUUUCCAAGGACUUCUCUGAGCAACCAACUUUUGCUGUUAUCUCCAAGAUGAUGAACAAAAACAAUGAUGAUUAUUGGCCAAGUUGUCUGCAAUGCGAUUCAUCACUCGGGGAUGUGCAUUCUUAUCUUAAUGCAGUUGUAUCAAAUAUUGCUGGUCUUUGGCAAGCUUCCUGUCUAUUGCAACCAAAAACUAAAGACUACUGUGUUACAACGAAAGAAGAUAUGAAAAAUACUAUGAAAGAGAUCGUUAAGAAAAUUUUCCCAAAAAGUAGUGAUACUGGACCAAGUGCUGGACCUGCACGCCGUGUAGGUUGUAGCCAAAUAUUGAAGAUAUGUCCUGACAAAUCGUUAAAUGGGACGCAACUCGCACCAACAGAGUGA